UUGGUCUCAGCCACGAAACGGGGUUCGGCUUACGUAGCCGUUGGUCCCAGAUCUUCACAAGCCUGUCAAGCACGCAAGCUAAAGGUCCUGUCAGCUACCGCCCACGAUCACCAUCACCACGCAAGCCGCUUCGAGACUCAAUCAAGCCAACAGUCAGCGCUAAGGCCUGUGGCUCUCCAAUAUCAAGUGCUGUUCCGACGGUCGUAGUCGUGUAGGCAAAAUGGCGCUCGCCCAUGCCAACAAGUGGCCAUAUCGCGAUAUUAACCUAAAGGUCACCAACGAUGCGUAUUCGUUCACCUCCCCCUCGUCGCCGGAUGCGCCCGCUUUGAUACUCGAUCGACCCACCGGAGAUGUUCGUCUGAGCGAGAGCUCGUUGCAAAACACCAAGCGGGCCACGCGCGUGUCGAGCAUUGCUGGUAUUCUGGGUGUCAUCCAGCUCAGGCUAGACAAAUAUGUGAUCAUCAUCAACAAGGCAAAGCCCAUGGGCCGCCUCAAGGGCCACAUGGUCUACAAAGUCAUUGCGACGGACAUCUUACCAAUGCGCGAACGCCAGAUCCACGACCCGGACGAGGAUACCUUUAUCGAGCUUCUCAAGACGUUCCUGGCUACAGGGCCGAUGUACUUCUCGUACUCGAUCGACCUCACGAAUUCGAUCCAGCGCCAGUCCCAGGCCGACUUGUCGCAGCCGCUAUGGGCACGCACAGACGACCGAUUUUUCUUCAACAAGUACUUGCAGACCGACCUGAUCAACUUCCGUACACAAGGCUCACGGAGUCAGCCUGGUCAGCAAGCUGGAAUCGACCCCUUCAUUCUGCCAUGCAUCUUUGGUAUGUUCGAGAUCAAGCCAACUAAGUUCAAAGGAACACCUCUUUCUUUGAUUUUGAUCUCCCGUCGAUCGCGGUAUAGGGGAGGAACAAGGUACUUUACCCGUGGCCUGGACGAAGAGGGCCAUGCUGCCAACUACAACGAGACUGAGCAAAUCGUCAUCUUUAACGACAAUUCUACAAGCGGCAUGUCUGGCCAUGCGGGCAGCUCCAAUAUGCAGAGUGGAAAGCUGGGCGGUGCAGACCAGGACAUGCAGAUCUUCGCCUACGUGCAGACCCGCGGCAGUGUGCCAUCGUACUGGGCUGAGAUCAAUAGCUUGCGCUACACGCCCAAGAUCCAAAUCCGGAGCCCUGAAUCGGCUUUUACCGCUGCCCGGAGGCACUUUGACGAGCAGAUCAGAAUCUACGGCGACAAUUACAUGAUCAACCUCGUCAACUCCAAGGGUCGCGAAAAGAACAUCAAGGACCUGUACGAGAAGAUGGUGCAAGUACUGGUCUCCGCGCCAAAGGAACGAACCGAGGCAGAUCGUCUCACGGACGAGAAGUUCCACAUGAUCACCCCCCAAAGCAAGGCCCAGGAAUUUGACAAGCUGCACUACGUCUACUUCGACUUCCACACGGAAACCAAGGGCAUGGCCAUGCACAAGGCUUACCUGCUCAUCGAACGCAUGGCCAACGAGAUUGAACAGCAGGGCUACUUUAGGGGUGUCGAGACCCCAGGUGCCCGGGACGGCAUGAUUGACGCGCGCAAGUUCCAGAGCGGCGUGAUGCGUACCAACUGCAUGGACUGUCUUGACCGCACCAAUGUCGUGCAAAGCAACUUUGCUCGCCACAUGCUCGAUCAGGUCUUCUGGGAGCUCGGCCUCACGCCCCGCGGCGUCAUGUUCCGCGAGGAGGAUCCAGCCUUUGAGUUCCUGUUCCGCAACCUCUGGGCCGACAACGCCGACGUUGUGUCCAAGUCGUACUCUGGCACUGGUGCCAUGAAGACCGACGUGACCCGCACCGGCAAGCGCACCAAGCUUGGUGCCCUGCAGGACGGCCGCAUCGGUCUCACACGGUACUUCCGCAACAACUUCCUCGACGGCCCGCGCCAGGAUGCCUUUGACCUGUUCCUCGGCGCAUACCAGCCCGGCGUGUCCAACAUCGGCACUAGCCUCGUCUUUGUCGACAAGAGGCCCAUCCUCAUCCAGUCCAUCCCUUAUCUCCUUGCGUUUAGCAUAUUCAUCGUCUUGGUGGGCAUCUUCACCAAGCGCGACCCUACGUCGAGCGCUAUUCCUAUUCGCCUGUUCAUUUUGUUUUGGAGCCUCGUGUCGGUAUUUUGCUUCAACUUCAUCCUCAGCCACGGGAUGCUUUACGUCAACUGGCCACGCCUCAACCCAAGACCCUUUGCCACCGAAGGGUAUGCGGAGCACUACUCCAAGGCCACCAAAGCACCCAUUGUCGGCCCCUUUGUCGCCAAGCACGAGAGAGGCAUGAGCACCGCUCGGUACCUUAAUGCGGAGGAGGGCAAGAAGAGAAUUGAGUAGACAGACCGCACGCUCUUGUUUCGCAAUACACCUGUUUCACGCAUGUACAUAGACUUUGACUCUAAGACUAAUAGAAACUUUUGGGAUAGGCAUGUUGUU